UAUAUCUCCAUGAUGUUCAUAAUAAUCACCUCUAUUAGUGUCUUGGCAUGGAGAGUAUCCAUGUUUCGAGACGGGAUGUAAUAUGGUGGUUGCUCAUGGCAUUCCAAAAUUUUGGGCAGUUCAUGUCCAUGUUUCAACAUCCGGGAGGAUUUUCACCUUUCAUUCCCGGGUUAUACCCACAAUCCUUGCCCCAAACUAAUAUCAUCCGCCCGGUCGCUCCAACAAAUCUGAUCGGAGAGAUGGACAAAGCUGGUCCAUCCCGGUCUAGAAGGAGUCGGUCCCGAAGGUCACGCACACAAAUCACGCCUGAUGGCGAUGUGCGCUCAGUCCAUAACAGGGAUGAGGAUUGGGAUGUACCCCAGGCACAAAAGAAGCUGAAGGGAAAAGCUAUUCAACCUGAAGGAUCCAGGAGAGGGGCCGAGCGACUUGGUUGGACCAGGCACACGGAACCUCCCCAUCGCGAAGAGCCCCAACAUAGCCGGGCGCCUCAAGAGGAAGAAGCAGAAAGCCAUCCUAGGCACGCGAUCCGCUCCCAUGUUGAACAACCCCAGGAUCGUGUGGGCCGGGUCGAAGCACAUUUGGAGAAGCUGCAGCGCCGGGUCGACCGGGACGAAAAGAAGAAAAUCUUGCUGAACGAAUCUCCAUUCACAAACCGAGUUCACGAGACCCCAUUUCCAAAGAAAGCAAAGUUAGAGGUCCCGAAGUUUACCGGGAAGGAGGACCCGGAAAUACAUGUCAAAACCCUUCAUCAAAGUGGAAGGAUGAUGGGCCUUUCCGGGGACGAAAAAUGUUUACUUUUCUUUCAAACCCUCCGUGGCCGGGCCGCUAAGUGGUUUCACAACCUCCCGGCCGGGGAAAUCGAUUCUUUUGAUGAACUGGCCGAGGUGUUCCAAGAAAAGUUCAAAGAGAACUGUACAAAGAGGAAAACGUUUACCUACUUGAGUACAGCCGGGCAGCGGGAACAUGAGGAUCUAACCAAGUUCCUCACCCGGUGGAAAGAUGAAGUGGAUAAAGUGGAGGAAAUGGACGACAAAGCCGCCAUGUCUCUCCUUGUGUCCGGACUCCGUGUGAAGGGAGUGAUCAAACAGAUGAUCGAGGCCGGGGAGAUUGAUCUAGAGUACCUUGCUCAGGCCAAGCAAAAGAAGAACCAAUGGAUCAGACCUGAAGGACAGCCGGCCGAGCAGAAUAAAAAGAAGAAAGCAGCUGUAGCCCUAAAUCCCCGGUCAAAACAAGCCAGGCGGGAACCAAUCACUUUUACUGAUCGAGACCUUCCCGCCACCGGCGAAGAUCACAAUGAUCCCCUGGUCAUAACCAUGGACAUGGGUGGAGUUGAUGUUUCCCGGGUACUUGUUGACACAGGCAGUAGUGUCAACGUUUUGUACUUGGAUGCAUUCGAGAAACUCAAGUUGUGUCGAACACGGCUUGAGCUCUUAAAGACUCCCCUGUCCGGGUUUAUUGGGGACUCUGUGGAAGCUGAGGGGUCAAUCCUUUUAACUUGUGAAUUGGGCACGGGGGACCAGGUCGUCCAAAAACAGAUGAGGUUUGUGGUAGUGAACAUCAAAUGUGUUCACAAUGCCAUUUUGGGCCGGCCUGGAAUAAACAAAGUCCGCGGGGUCAUCUCCAUGGCCCAUCUCUGUAUGAAGUUCUAUACCCCGGGUGGUAUAGGGCAGGUCAGGGGAGAUCAGAAGAAGGCCCGGUCUUGUUACUUGGAGGCCGUAAAGAAAAUGACCAAGGCAUUUGAGAGGGUUACCUUGGUUUCCUAGGAAGAAGAGCGGUCAAAACUGGAGCCGGGUGAUGAGAGCGAGCAGAUUGUUCUCCGGGAGGCUUUCCCGGAAAGAAUGGUGUGGAUAGGCCGGGAUCUGCCCGGAGGGCUUCGAGAAGAAAUCAUCUCAGUCCUU